AUGGCAAAUGAUAUAGCAGGUGAUCUUGACUUGGAUACCGUGUUCAAAACGAGGACACUGGCAGGAGUGUCCAAUACGUGUUUCAUCUCCGUUGCUUUUUCUCAACUUUCUAGUAAUCAAAGAGAUACCAUGAUUAAGUUAUCAAAUUCAUUUAAUAAUAAGAAGUACCACAGAACCAAAUCCUUGUUUAUGGAUGGGAAGGGUCUUGAUGUCUCAGGAAACUCAUUAUCUUCAAUCCCAGAUGUGUUUAUAUCAGAUUGUGGGAAACUUAAUGGAUUAAAGAAGUUGAACUUUAGUCAGAACAAAUUAUCUGGGGUUUUGCCUAAUUUUACGGGGUUUUCUAGUUUGGUAUCUUUGGAUUUAUCCAUGAAUUAUUUGACUGUAAAUUUAGAUGGUUUGAUUGGCAAUUUCAAGGUUUUAGAGAAACUGCAGCUGUCAAGGAAUCAUUUCGUUGGUCCUAUUCCUGAUGAGCUCUUUAAUUUUCAGAACCUAACUUUGAUUGAUCUUAGUGUUAAUAAUAUUUCUGGGGUUCUUUCAAAUUCAAUUGGAGAUCUCUCCAAAUUAAAUACUCUACUCCUUUCUUCUAAUAACUUAAGUGGUGAAAUCCCUAAGAGCCUAUCCAAUAUCAAAACCCUGACUCGUCUUGCUGCAAACCAGAAUAGCUUUAACGGCAGCAGUUCUCUUAAUGGAAGCAUUCCAUCUGCAAGCAUCGGGAAACUUGAGCGACUGACUUAUCUCGAGCUCGGUAGUAAUAGCUUGAGUGGUGAAAUUCCAAAGGAGUUGGGAAACUGUGUGGAACUAGCAUUGUUAGACCUUUCCAAAGGAGCUGGUCAGAAUAUUCUUUCUGGUUCAAUCCCAUCAGGGAUUUCAAACUUAAGGGGACUCGUGAGCGUUAAUCUACAAGAUAAUGAGCUCAAUGGUUCAAUACCUGAUUCGAUCAGUAACUUGGAGUUUCUAAUAGAACUCCAACUGGGAAAAAACUGUCUAAGCUCAAGGAUUCCAAAGAUGCCAUCAAAUUUGCAGAUUUCACUUGAUCUUAGCAGAAACUGUUUUGAAGGAACAAUUCCUGAAACCCUUGGUGGAUUACGAGCAUUAGAGGUUCUAGAUAUCUCCAACAACAAAUUUCAGGGUCUCAUGACUGUCAUCGAUGCUAGUAGUUCUACUCCACCUACCAUCAAUACGUGGAGCAAGAAAACUUCAGUCACUCUGGUUAUUCUGAUUGCGGUUAUAUGUAUUGAUCUCGGUGUAGCUAUUGCAAUUACGGCUAUUUUAGUCGUUGAUAGUGAUACUUCCCUGAAUAGUAAACUCUCACUUGCCGUGGUUAUAAGUGUUGUUUUCGACGUAGCAACCGCAAUGAUGAUUCUCUUGACUAGUUAA